AAUCUCAAAAGACACAUGAGAAUUCAUACAGGAGAGAAGCCUUUUACGUGUAAAGAAUGUGAUAGAAAUUUUUGUCAAAUAUCCAAUCUCAAAAGACACAUGAGAAUUCAUAAAGGAGAGAAGCCUUUUACGUGUAAGGAAUGUGACAAAAGUUUCUUUGAUGUAUCUAAUCUCAAAACACACAUGAAGAUUCAUACAGAAGGGAAGGCUUUUACAUGUAAAGAAUGUGAUGGAAGUUUUAGUCGGAUAUCCAGUCUCAAAAGACACAUGAGAAUUCAUACAGGAGAGAAGCCUUUUACGUGUAAAGAAUGUGAUAGAAGUUUUAGUCGAAUAUCUACUCUCAAAACACACAUGAAGAUUCAUACAGGAGAGAAGGCUUUUACUUGUAAGGAAUGUGACAAAAGUUUCUUUGAUGUAUCUAAUCUCAAAAGACAUACGAGAAUUCAUACAGAAAGGAAGGCUUUUACGUGUAAAGAAUGUGAUGGAAGUUUUAGUCGGAUAUCCAGUCUCAAAACACACAUGAGAAUUCAUAGAGGAGAGAAGCCUUUUACGUGUAAAGAAUGUGAUAGAAGUUUUAGUCGGAUAUCUAGUCUCAAAACACACAUGAAGAUUCAUACAGGAGAGAAGCCUUUUACGUGUAAAGAAUGUGAUAGAAGUUUUAGUCGGAUAACCAGUCUCAAAAGACACAUGAAGAUUCAUACAGGAGAGAAGCCUUUUACAUGUAAUGAAUGUGAUAGAAGGUUUAAUCGAAAAUCUAUUCUCAAAACACACAUGAGAACUCAUACCAGAGAAAAGCCUUUUAAGUGUAAAGAAUGUGAAAAACGUUUUAUUGAUAUAUCUUCUCUCAAUAGACACAUGCAAAGUCAUACAGAAGAGAAGCCUUUUACGUGUAAAGAAUGUGAUAGAAGUUUUAGUCGAAAAUCUAGUCUCAAAACACACAUGAAGAUUCAUACAGGAGAGAAGCCUUUCAUUUGUAAAGAAUGUGAUAGAAGGUUUAAUCGAAAAUCUAAUCUAAAAACACACAUGAAGAUUCAUACAGGAGAGAAGCCUUUUACUUGUAAGGAAUGUAAAAAAUGUUUUUUUCAAAUAUCUGAUCUCAAAAGACAUAUGAAAAUUCAUACUAGAGAGAAGCCUUUUACGUGUAAAGAAUGAGAUAGAAGUUUUAGUCAAUGGGCUAUUCUUAAUGCACACAUGAAAACUCAUACAGGAGAGAAGCCUUUUAUUUGUAAAGAAUGUGAUAGAAGGUUUAAUCGAAAAUCUAAUCUCAAAACUCACAUGAAGAUUCAUACAGGAGAGAAGCCUUUUACUUGUAAGGAAUGUGACAAAAGUUUUAUUGCUGUAUCUUAUCUCAAAAAACACAUGAGAACUCAUACCGGAGAGAAGCCUUUUAAGUGUAAAGAAUGUGACAAACGUUUUAUUGAUGUAUCUUCUCUCAAUAGACACAUGCUAAGUCAUACAGGAGAAAAGCCUUUUACGUGUAAAGAAUGUAAAAAAGUUUUUUAUCAAAUAUCUAAUCUCAAAAGACAUACGAGAACUCAUACAGGAGAGAAGCCUUUUAAGUGUAAAGAAUGUGACAAGAGUUUUAUGGAUUUAUCUUCUCUCAAUAAACACAUUCAAAUUCAUACAGGAUAGAUGCCUUUUUCUAGACAUAAAUUGUAAUUAGGAAUAAAGUCUAAAUACAAGUAUCUUCAGUUGUUUGAGGUUUUGUAACAAACUGGAGAAUUUGCAUGAUGGAAAAUGUUUAGUGAAAAUGUGAAUCAAAACAAAUGUUUGAUCCAAUUCAUUUUGUAAUGAUUCUAUAUGUUAAUUGACAGAAAAUAUUUAACUCAUUCAUGAAUUAAAUUUAAGUACUCUUGUACAAAGAAAUGUUUUUUUAUUAUUAUUUUGACAGUAUGAUUUGUUUUUUUAAUGUAACUGUUCAUUUUUAGUUGUUGAAUUUUGUACUUUUGUGAUAUUGUUAAAGGACCAACUGUGGUUGUAGUUCAUGCUGAGACAAUGCUGUCUAAGUCUGUGUGUUACUUAGACAAAUAUGGAAAUAUUAUUUUUUUUCACUCUUUUUACACUUUUUAUGUGAUUCACUUAAAUAUUGUCAAAAUAUAAAAUAAUUGCAGUUUAUAUUUUGUUGAGGUGUGUUAGCAAAUAACAGUUUAGUGAAGGAAAGGUUUAGUAAAAAUGUAUUAAUUAAGAGAUGGAUAAAGAAACAGACUGGUGUUUGUGUUGUUGUGAUUCCUGUUUUGUAUCAGAGAUUAGAAGUGUUUCUCUGUUCUUUUGGUUCUCAGUGUUCUGU